AUGAUCCCUUUUUAUCAAAACAUAUUAAAAUAUGGAAAUCCUGGUAAAGGAAAUACAUCCUAUAUGUCCUUUUUUACUUACGAACAAUUUAUUAAAAUUAUGGCUGAAAAAGUAAUAACUACCAUAGUAGAAGAAUUAAAAUCUUCAACAUAUUUUUCAAUUAGCGUUGAUUCAACACCUGAUAUAUCGAAUAUUGACCAGUUGUCAUUUGUUGUAAGAUAUGUUAACAGUGUUGGAGAACCUGUUGAACGUUUUUUGGGAUUCAUAGAAAAUAUUGGACACAAAGCUGAACCAAUAGCAGAAACUAUUUUUUCUACAUUAAAUAAGCAUAAUAUUGAUAUUAAAUUUCUUAGAGGGCAAUCUUAUGAUAAUGCCGCCAAUAUGUCCGGUGCCUACUAA